CGGAAGCAGCGGAGAGCCGGGCAGGCGUUCAGUUCUAGUUUAUGUCAUCUGAACAUCCACUUGACAUAAAGAGGACCUCAUGUCUUUUCUUCGUUGGGUUUCUGACCGGAUCCUGGUUGAUGGCUUGAGGGAACUGGAGUUUUUUGGAGACUCGCAUUUAGGGGACUCCCGAAAGAAACCCGAUGAAGCAGCCAGCGCGGAGUCCAUAGCGUCUUGUCGCAGUCCGGACACCAUGGGGGUAUAUACUCCAGAUAAUAGUUGUUAUGACCUCCUCACUGUUAUAGGGAGAGGAUUUGAGGACCUGAUGACGGUAAACUUAGCGCGAUACAAACCCUCGGGGGAGUAUGUUUGUAUCAGAAGAGUUAACUUGGAGUAUUGCACCAACGAUAUGGUGGCCUUCCUGCAGACGGAACUUCAUGUGUCUAAGCUGUUCAACCACCCCAACAUCCUCCCUUACAGAGCCACAUUCAUAGCCAACAAUGAGCUGUGGGUGGUCACCCCGUUCAUGGCUUACGGGUCAGCCAAGGACCUGAUAUGCACACACUUCACAGAUGGAAUGAGUGAGCUGGCAAUCGCUUACAUCCUGCUUGGAGUGUUGAAAGCCUUGGAUUACAUCCAUCAUAUGGGUUACGUUCACAGGAGUGUGAAGGCCAGUCACAUCCUCAUCUCUGUGGAAGGGAAGGUGUACCUCUCUGGCCUGCGCAGUAUUCUUAGUAUGAUAAACCACGGACAGCGACUGAAAGUGGUCCAUGAUUUCCCCAAGCACAGUUCCCGGGUUCUUCCCUGGCUGAGCCCGGAGCUCUUACAGCAGAGAGCAGUGGAGACGUGCCCUCUAAUGAUAGUGGCCCAUUGA